AUGAAUAAAAUUUAUUUGUUUAUUUUUGUCUUGUUUCACCUUUCAGAAUGUAUGCUCCCAUGGACCAAAAAAAGAAAAGCAGUUAAUCAAAUGGCUAUAAUUAAAGAUAUGUCAAAGGAAUUGAAAAAUAUAUCUGAAUCCCUUCCUACUCAAACCGAUAUUACAAGCAAAAUUCACAAAAUAGAUAGUGAAGUUUUAGAAAAAUUAGAUGAAGAAAUAAUUAAUGAAGAAAAUUUAGCAAAACAUAAACCACAUGUUUGCCAAGAUUCUCCUUAUGAAAGAGAUUAUUCCUAUUUGUGCCCUGAAGGUUGGAUAAAAAAUUCUAUAGGGCAAUGUUGGGGAAUAGACUAUGAUGGGCACUGUGAAUCUCUAAAAUAUUUUCAAGAAUAUUCAAAUGAUGAAAAAAGAGAAUUUGAAUUAAACUGUUGUGUCUUAUGGCCAAAAUUAAAAAAUGUGACAAAAAAAAUUAAUAGAAGGGAUAAUUUAAAGGGAUCGAUAAAUUCAAGCAAUGGAUUAAUUAUAAAACCAAAAAACAUGUAA